GUCACAAAGCAAGACUUUAAACAAACAGGUGACAGCAUUUGUACCACAACAGAGAAACCUCUGCAACUUAGUUAAAGAACACUUUCACCCACAUGGCCCUUGCUGGACUUUCAUACCUGCGGAGACCUCGCUGCUGACUGUUGUCGGAUAUUUACCAGUAAGGAGGAGUUCAGCUGCUUGUGCAAUCUUGGUUGCUGUUAUCAUCUGCUGGAAGAAGAAUAAGUUUGGGCCCUAUAGCCGGAUAUACUGGUACAUAAAUAAGAUGGAUGUUCCAGUAGAGCGUGUAUUGGUUGCCGUAAGGGUGCGUCCACUUUCAGAUAAAGAAAAUAAGAAAAAUGCUUUCAGUGUUGUACAGGCAUUGCCACAUGAGCCAAAGGUAUUGUCAGUUGCAGGAAAAGGCUAUGCCUUUGAUCACAUAUUUACAGAUAUUUGUGAACAGGCAUCAGUGUAUGAAGAAAGUGUGAGGCCAUUGGUGAAGAAAUUCUGUGCUGGCUUUAACUGUGCAGUCAUUACAUAUGGACAUACUGGUACUGGGAAGACAUACACUAUAGGAACUGAUUCAAAGUUGUAUGAGGAUGACUCUGCUGGGAUAAUAAGUCGAGUUGUUAAAGACAUUCUUUCCGGAAACAACACCAUGGAUUCUAAAGUAAUGGUAGAGAUAUCCUUCAUGGAAAUUUACAAUGAAGAGGUUUAUGACUUACUGACUUGCCAGCCAACAAAGCUGAUUGUUCAAGUUUUUAGUGUCCAGAGUUUGAAACGCAUGCAAGUAACAACAUAUGAGGAAGUUCUUCAUCAUCUGGAGUUUGGUGGCGCAAAUAGACAUACCAGGGCCACUGCACUGAAUGCUCACAGUUCAAGAUCUCACGCAAUUUUUACAGUAUAUUAUCACCAGAUAUUUGGAGACCAUACAGUACAGUCCCGAUUGGACCUGGUCGAUCUGGCCGGAUCAGAGGGUGUUCGUCACACUGGUAGUCGGGGAGUGGCCCUAAAUGAAGCAAAGAACAUUAACACUGGGUUAUUGCAUCUUCGCAAUGUUAUAUCAGUUCUUUCCAAGAAUACAGAGGAUCAUAUCCCUUACAGAUCUUCCACCUUGACUACUGUAUUAAAAGAUUCGCUGAGCCGAGAAAGCUGCGUCACGGUGAUAGUGUGCAUCAGCCCUUCUAACCUGGACAUAACGAAAACCGUCACCACAUUGCAAUUUGCCGAAGAGGCCAAGAAAGUUAUGAGCAAGCCAAAGGUCAAGGAAAUACUUGACAAAUAUAAGACAUCUAACCCAGAAGCAUUUAAACGCUUAACUGAUAUGGCACCUACUCCCGUAGCUUGGAAUAAAUAUAAGGGGAAGAGUACUCCAGUGCCACGUGUCAGAAAGCCAUUUACACCUCUCAACACUUCAAAUGUGAGCAGUUUCAGUUCUGCUGACAUGCAAGAUUGUUUCAAGAAACCUUUUUCAAAUAGAUUGGAUGGGAGUCAUUGUAGCUCUUCAGCGUCUUUUCUGUCCGAAAUGUCUACAUCUACUGCCCUGGAUACGUCUUCUGCUUUGAGCCCGCUUAUCAAGAAAGACACGAGACAAAUGGAACAGCGAUUGGAUGAUACUGUAGGGACCAGUUUAUACACGGGAGUGCACGGACCAUCAGUCCGUGAUGGAAAUCAUUUGAACCAGUCUAGUACUCCAAUGCAGCAGACAUUGGACAGGACUAUUGUGGAAGUCCAAUCAGCUGUCCAACAGUCAAGGUUCAUGCUGAGGAAUGACCUGAAAAUGUUUGCGGAUGAACUGAAGGCAUAUGUUCACGAUCAAAUUGCGCUGCACUCAUGUCAGACAGCUCCGGGCACUGUUACAACAUCCCAGCAAGAGAAUGUUCAUCACAAGGUGCAAUGUUUACCUGAUGAAACGCCAAGGUCUCAUUGCGCUGGCUCUGUUGGAGAAUGCACAAUUUCUCACACACAACAGCAGCAGACUGUGAAAAGAGUCAGUAGAUUGAUGAAGCAAGAUCUUUUUAAGAAACCAAGUCGAAGAUCUAUUCGAAUUGCCAACCAACAUAGAGCUGGACCCAUUGGAUGUAUCAGUACCCCACAAGAUCAACAUGUUUGCAGUCCUUCCAUUGCGACAAUGGUGCGGAGAAGUGAGAGGUUGUCAAUAAGACUAGCAAGCCACAACAGAGAUAAGUUGUCUCUACUGAGCCCUUCACUGACAUCAACAGUAUAUAGGAGGAGUAGGUUUUCAGGUAGACCAUUAAGACCUUGUAUAGAUGAAAUUUCCAAGUUGAAUCCCUCUAAAGGAUCACCUCCAGGAAGAAAAAGUGCUAGGUUAUUAGGAAGAACACCAGGUUAUCCAGAUGAAUCUCUUCCAAGAUUAUCAUCUUCGCGAAGUCGGAGGGUGUCAUAUAAACCAGCUCUCAUGGCAUCGCCUCCAGAAGAGUUUGAUGAAAAAUCAUUCAUGAAAGCACAGGAUAAAUUUAAACAGAAAGCACUGAAGCUAAUUAAUGGAUCAUUGAAAGAUUUAACCAACUUCUCCAUUGUUGGCCCUAAAACAGCAAUAAUAAUUUAUAAUUACAGGUUACUGAUGAAUGACUGUCAUUUUAAAUGUUUUGAAGAAUUAAAAGAUAUACCUGGACUUCCCGUGACAUUUUAUCAGCGAUUUAUGAAGGCAAAUAACCUCUUCUAACAAAAUUCAUCAUCAUCAUCUUCAACAGACAGUCAAAGAGUUAUAUAAAGUGAAGCUUUCACGGUGAUUGAAGUUGAUGAAAGAGUCUCGGGUUACAAGCUGUGGAUGGUAACCAAAGCCUCUUUUGCCAAGGAGUUGUUCUGCUUUUGUUAACUCAUAUUCUCUUCAGUGGUACUCCUUGGUAUUUUAUUCCAUUUGGUUGGUAUUUCCUCACUUAUUUGCAGAGCCUAUUUCCCUGUAUUUUGUCGACAUGCCAAAUCCAUUUUGCUAUCUUUCCAUGUAUAUUAUUAUCUGUAUCAUGAAUUUUGAUGUGACAAUUGAAACUUUACCUGUAGAUACAACAAAGGAAUUAAAAAAGGUCAAACAUCA